AUGUUCUAUAUUACUCGGCAGCUCCUCGGGCCUCCCAAGGCUCCCCGUAAUGUCUUCUUCCCUUGGUUCAACUUUGUCAUUCAUCGGUCGGGUAUGUACCUCGAGCCGAAUCGUAUAGCAUUCCGAGUGCCGGUUCAUCUGACCAAGUUGGAAAUACGGGAAUACCUACGGAAAAUAUACGGCGUCAAGGCCAUCCGCUGCACCACUGUUGUUCGUUUCCCUAAGGUGAUGAAGAACAGAGCAAGGGCCUAUUACAAGAACGGGGCUCAGUUUAAGAAGGCGAUUGUCACGUGCGAAGAGACCAUUCCUAACACUGUGAAGAUGCUCUCGAGCUCCUCGACACCACACCUCAAUCCAGCUAUACAUAGGAACAAGCUGAGCAUGCAAUACGACUACAUACCGUUCGGACAAGACCGCAAGAACGAUUGGAAACCUCGACAUCGGCACGCUUGGAGAGAGCCCAUCCCGCUCCUAUUGAGAGGUGACCAUGGUCAUCCGACCAUCACCAAGAGAGAAGAGAUGGCACUACACAUGGACACGACAUUGCCGCAUCAGGACAUUACCAAUACGAAGAAGGCUAUGCUGGACGAUUUAGCCGAAAUAAGACGACGGAAAUAUGCGUACCAACAUCAGUAUGACCAUCUGAAAGGCUCAGAGGACGUGCACAUUGAGGAGCCAGCAGGGGGAGGUCCUGAUCAGGAGCCGCUCUUCCGCCUGUAA